AUGGUUUCACAUGCUGUGUUAGUUGAAUUUGUACGUUUAAAAUCACCGCACACCGGUGAAAAUAUACGACAAUUAACUGAAGAAGUUCUUGAUAAGUACAAUAUCAAAGACAAAGUUUAUAAAAUUGUUACGGAUAAUGCAUCGUCAAUGAUCAAAGCUUACAAGUUUGGUUUAUUUCCUGACGAAGAAGCCAAUGAGUGCGAAGAUGGAAUUAUUGCAACACAAAACACUCAAAACUUAUCUGACGAUUUAGAUCACGAUAUUGAAAUGAACACAUUCCAAGCUAUCAAUGUGGACUCUGACAAUGAUGAAGAUUUCGAAGAUCAAAUGGGGACACGGUUGUCCUGUUUUGCCCACUCUCUUCAACUUUGUGUCCGGGAUGGUUUAAAAAAUUCAACGUAUACAACGCGAGCUCUUGGGAAGUGUCAAUCAUUGGCGAAAAGUUCUCACAAAUCAUCCAAAGUAGCUGAUUAUCUCGAAGAAAAGAAUAAACAUGUUAACAAAAUGAAUGUCACCAGAUGGNACAAUGAUGAAGAUUUCGAAGAUCAAAUGGGUACACGGUUGUCCUGUUUUGCCCACUCUCUUCAACUUUGUGUCCGGGAUGGUUUAAAAAAUUCAACGUAUACAACGCGAGCUCUUGGGAAGUGUCAAUCAUUGGCGAAAAGUUCUCACAAAUCAUCCAAAGUAGCUGAUUAUCUCGAAGAAAAGAAUAAACAUGUUAACAAAAUGAAUGUCACCAGAUGGUUACCGUUUCAUCGUACGUGA